AUGGCUAGUGUGAGGAAUGCAAAUAUCUCCAACGUGGAUGAUAAGGUAAAGGAACAGAUUAUGGAUGCACUAAGAGUGAGAGACCAAGAAGAAAGUAUAAUUGGAUUAUGUGGGCCAGAUAAAAUAGUCGAGGCUUCUGUAAAAAUAGUUAUAAGAAGAGCCGAGAGAGAUCAAUUGUUCGAAAAGAUUGUCACAGCAACUGUGACUAAGAAACCUGACAUUACAAAUAUCCAAAUGCAAAUCGGUGAUGCAAUAGGUCUCAAUUUUGAUGAUAAGACGGACCUAGCUGAAUCAACUUGUUGCACGUGUUUCGGUUAUCGUAAAAGAAUGAGAACUGCAGAAAGAGCUCAUCUUCUGUGUGCUAAGAUGAAGGAGCUGCAAACAGUCCUUGUUGUACUGUAUGAUCUUCGUGGCAGACUUGAUUUAGGUGAGAUUGGUAUCCCCUUUGGUGAAGAUCAUAAUGGUUGCAAGAUUUUGCUGGCAUCUACAAAUUUGGAGGUUUUAUCCAAAGAAAUGAAGGUUCAUAAGUUGAUACAAUUAUCAGAGACAUGA